AUGCCUGGUGUCACUUCUCAGUCCACUGGUUCCAAGUACGAUGCCAUCCCCGGCCCCCUCGGUCUGGGCUCUGCGUCCCUUGAGGGCAAGGUUGCUCUUGUCACCGGUGCCGGUCGUGGCAUUGGUCGUGAGAUGGCCCUGGAGCUCGGCCGUCGUGGCGCCAAGGUCAUUGUGAACUACGCCAACAGCGCCGAGACCGCCGAGCAGGUCGUCCAGGCCAUCAAGAAGGGCGGCUCCGAUGCCGCUUCCAUCAAGGCCAACGUCUCCGACGUUGACCAGAUCGUCAAGAUGUUCGCUGAGGCCAAGAAGAUCUUCGGCAAGCUCAACAUCGUCUGCUCCAACAGCGGUGUCGUCUCCUUCGGCCACGUCAAGGACGUCACUCCCGAGGAGUUCGACCGUGUCUUCGCCAUCAACACCCGUGGCCAGUUCUUCGUGGCCCGCGAGGCCUACAAGAACCUCGAGGUCGGUGGCCGCGUCAUCCUGAUGGGCUCCAUCACUGGCCAGGCCAAGGGUGUUCCCAAGCACGCCGUCUACUCCGGCUCCAAGGGUACCAUUGAGACCUUCGUCCGCUGCAUGGCCAUUGACUUCGGUGACAAGAAGAUCACUGUCAACGCUGUCGCCCCCGGUGGCAUCAAGACCGACAUGUACCGCGACGUCUGCCGUGAGUACAUCCCCAACGGUGGUGAGCUCGACGACGAAGGUGUCGACGAGUACGCCGCUGGCUGGUCCCCCAUGCACCGUGUCGGACUCCCGAUCGACAUUGCCCGUGUCGUCUGCUUCCUGGCUUCCCAGGAUGGCGAGUGGGUCAAUGGCAAGGUCAUCGGCAUUGACGGCGCUGCUUGCAUGUAA